CGCAGCCACAGAGAGCCAGUUGGUGUGUGUGUGAGUGGGAGAUGGACUGAGUGAGGGCGCUCUUUCGACUAGCGAAGCCGAAAGCAUUGAAAUACCCACAAGCUAGGCUGAAAUAAUUGACGAUUUCAGGUUGCUGAAUCAACAAGAAAAAAACAUAGUAUCGUUGUCAAUCUUUCACAUCCCACUCCAAACACACUAACACGGCAUUGAUGGUAAUGUAUGCAAGGAAACAACCGAGACUCGGCGAUGGGUGCGACCGAAGAGAUUCUCAGCCCUAUCAGACUGUCAAAUACUCGUCCAAGAGCCAUCCAGGAGGGGACCACCGCCAUGAGAAGAUGCGAGACUCCUCAGAUGUCACUCCUCCCUGCAAAAUGCUCAGGAGGUCUGACAGCCCUGAAAACAAACACAUUGACGGCACCGGGCACAGUAGAGCAAAGGCUGUCCACACACACCGGGCCAGAGACAGGGAUGGAGGGACCAGUUAUUCUCCACAAGAAAAUUCUCACAACCACAGUUCCCUUCAUAGCUCCAACUCACAUUCUAACCCCAGCAAGACCUCAGACACACCUUAUGAACCCGGGGACGACUGGUCAGAGCACAUCAGCUCCUCUGGGAAGAAAUACUAUUACAACUGCAGGACGGAGGUCUCCCAGUGGGAGAAGCCCAAAGAGUGGCUGGAGAGAGAGCAGAGGCAGAAAGAGGCCACUAAGACCGCAGUUGUCAACAGUUUCCCCAAAGACAGGGACUACAGAAGGGAGGCCAUGCAAGCAUCGGCAGCCUCUGGCUUUACUGGUGCUAAGGCAGCCCAGGUAGAGAAACCAACGGCAACCCUCUCCACCCAGUCUCAGUCAUCAAGCUCAGGCACAGGGGGCCUGAACCCCUCAUCAGGGCCUCCCGGGUCCUCGGCCUCCACGGUGCCUGUGUCCCCGGUCCUGCAGUCCCCUGCUCCCCCGUUGCUCCAGGACCCAACCCUGCUUCGCCAGCUCCUCCCAGCACUUCAGACUGCCCUGCAGCUCAACAAUGCCAGUGUCGACAUGGCGAAGAUCAACGAAGUUCUCACAGCUGCUGUCACACAAGCUUCAUUACAGUCGAUGCUCCACAAGAUCCUCACUGCUGGACCAUCGGCUUUCAAUAUCACUACUCUCCUCUCUCAAGCUGCUCAACUCUCCAACCAAGCAGCUCAGCAGUCAAACCAGUCGCCGAUGUCGUUAACAUCAGACGCCUCAUCGCCCAGGUCCUACGUUUCACCCCGGAUCAGCACACCACAGACCAAUGCGGGUCCUCUAAAACCCCUCCUUAGCACGCCUCCUGUCAUCUCACAGCCAAAAGUGAGCACGCCAGUGGUGAAGCAGGCGUCUCUUCCCCAGCCCACACCGCAGCAGCCCCUUUCCAGUGAUAAGCAGCAUGGUCAUGAUGCCACAGCAGCCUCCCCACGCACCCUUCAACGCCAAGGCAGUCAAAGGAGUCCCUCCCCCAGUCCCAACCACAUCGCCUCCAGCAGUGGCAGUGCCCCCAACUCGGCCUCCGCUCCCCCAAGUUCCUCAGCCACCCGGUCCUCCUGCUCCUUCACUCCCAGCCUUGCUGCCCACUUCAAUGAAAAUCUUAUCAAACAUGUCCAGGGCUGGCCUGCUGACCACGCAGAGAAACAGGCAUCAAGACUACGUGAAGAGGCCCACACCAUGGGGAGCAUCUGCAUGUCUGAGAAUUGCACCGAGCUCAAAAAUCUCCGCUCCCUGGUCAGAGUCUGUGAAAUACAAGCAACAUUGCGUGAGCAGAGGAUACUAUUUUUGAGACAGCAAAUCAAAGAACUUGAAAAGUUGAAGAAUCAGAAUUCUUUCAUGGUCUGAGAACUUCUGGUUGACAGUUGAAGUGAGAGCUGGGAAAAGGGGGAAGACCCAUUGCACAUGGUUGGAAGCCGGAGGGAGAACAGUUGUUCAAAUCUUCUUGCCCCCAGUCUUAACACACAGGAGCUCCAGUUGGGUUGGCUUUGGACCGUUGGGCUGGGCGAGCCUAGAGGGGAGAAGGUGAAGAGUUGUUGUGGGAGGGGAGUUGGGAGGGGGUGAUUUACAAGACUCUGUUUUGUAAAAACCCUGGCAGAAAAAAAUGUAGAUUUCUUGUAGAUGUUAUCUAUGUUGUAAAUAUGUUUUGUAGAUUGAAGCCAUGGAAAGCCAUGCCUAUCAAAGCUUUUGACAUCCAAACUAAUCAACACCUAGGCGGCUACAUUCAUUAGCUAGCCUUUCCUUCAUGUUAACUUGUCUGCAGACUUAAAGCUUCAUUUUGUCCAUAGAUCAGUGAACCAUUGCCUUGAGCAUGUAUGUGACCUGCAUGGAAAUGGAGGAAUAUGUUUUAAGCCAUUCAUUUACACAAAAACCUAGCAUAAAGCUUAACACACUGGUGUCAAUCUAUUCUUCCCUCACAUUAACGGUAAACUGAUUAGUCGGUCUAGAUUCUCUUCCCCCUGCCCUUUGGGGUUGAACUGUAAUGCGUACUCAGGCACAGUAAACAUCCCCUUUAUUGCAGGUCCAUCAUGACAGGUCACAGUGGUUCAGUGAUCUAUUUGCAGCUUCCAGUGGCCCUGCAUUUCCCAAUCUGAAAAUAACAGUGCCUGGUGGUGUGAUGGAGUGAGUGAGUGAUUUUAAAUAAAACAAAGAUGUGUUGGCGUGCUGCUUUGGACCAUUCCCACUGCAAGCCCCUACCCUGGUCUCGGCCCUGCCCAGUUACAGUCCAACUGCCAGAUCCUCUCCUCGAGGGACUGACAUCAACAUUUAUCACUUCAAACCCUACCUGUAGGUUUGGGGUUUUUUUUCCCCCUCAAAGCUUACCAUCACGAGGUUUUUGUUACUCUGUUUAUCCCUUCAAAUUUUGCCAGAGAACUGUACUUUUUAAAAGCGAGGUAGCACCGCUGGUUCAUUCCUUUGUACAGUUGCUAAAGUAACAGGAGUUUUAAGAAGAGGACAACAAAAAUAAAAAGGUUUUAUUAAAAGUUGUAGUGAUGACUGGUAUAUCACAACAUGUACUCAUAAACGAUUACCACGUUUUCCUUUGCACCUAGUUGGGAAGGAGUGGUAUCAGUGCUACUGGGAAGCAAGCAGCGGGUUUGGGCACUGCCGAUGGGGUGGAGGGAUGAGGAUGACUAAUCCCAUGCACUUCACACAGAGCAGGGCAAUGAGAGGUCACAAGGUCAAAUGUGAAAUCUAUGUAUUGUAAUAAACAUGCUAAACUAAAGUGAGCACUGGUUAUUAUUUUAUUGGAGUACUAUGUUAGGUUUCGUUUAUACGCUAGUGCCUUGUUGAAAGUCUUAAGUCUCAACCUCAUUUACCUGAAUAUACCACACCUGUUAGGUUUUUUUUAUCCUCUAUUUGACCAACAACAACAAAAAAAGAUCUUCAACAAGCAUGUCAUGCAUAGGGUUGUUUUUCUAGCACGCCCCAUCCCCCUCAUUUGUUUGUUCCCCACUGUUGAAGAGCAGGGUCCUAAGCUGCAAAGGCCUGUUUUUUCCACCAUACUAUCUAUUGAGUCUAUAACUGAACUGCACCACACAUUCAGUAAAGGUGACCACAUCAUUGCUUUGUAUAUUGUUUCCUGAAGUAUAUUGACAAAAGAAAUAAAAUAUGCCUCUCCA